UAAAAUAGUUCAAAUAUAUUUGACAAAAUUUAGUCAAGAAUUUACAAGCAUUUAUGAGAUUGAGAUACAUGUUUCUUUAGUCAUCUGCACUCUUAAUUAGCUUAUAUAUAUUAGAUUAGUUUCCUUUUUUCUUCCAAGUCAAGAUUUUGAAACAAUUACAAUAAUUGGGUCAAAUUUAUUUCAUUUAAACAUUUGUUAAAAAAUAAGAAAAUUUAUAUGCAAGAGAUUUGAUGUAUUUGUUAAACCUAGUAAUUUUAAAUCUUGGUUUCAUGUAAUUUGGGUUAAUUAAACGAUUAAUAGCAUAUAUAGGUCUUUUUAUAUAAAAAACAUAAAAGCAUUUAUAGGUCAUAGCCACAAAACAAAAGUUGUGGAACAGUGUGAUUGGACUAUAUCUAAUUAGAACAUUUCUUAUAUAUGGACAUAUCAUUAAUUAGAUAAACGUGAAGUCCCCCCCUCCCCAAAAAAAAGCUCUAUGAUAUUCCGCAAUAUAACAUAAGCUGGGUACCUUGAGUUGCUUAUAGCUGAUCUUUUCUUUUCAUUUUGUAGAGAGAGGGGGAGAGACGAGAGAGGGAGUGAAAAUGGUGGGGCAAUGGGGGAAAGAAGAUGAUGAAAAGGUGGUGAUCAGAUGCUACAAUGAUCUCAGGGACAUAAUUCAAAUGGAAUGGGUGGAGAAAAGUUGUGAGAUUGGUAACGACCAAACUUUUCUCUUCACAGAUACUUUAGGCGAUCCCUUGUGCAGAAUUCGGAAUACUCCUCUCUCCACCAUGCUGGUGGCAGAUGUUGGGACCAAGCUGGUUGGUUGCAUACAAGGUUCAGUGAAGCCAGUUAAGUUUCAUGAUAAGUCAGUGAAUGUGGGUUACGUUCUUGGUCUCAGAGUCGUGCCGCCUUAUCGACGCUGUGGCAUUGGUUCGAUUCUAGUGCGAAAGCUUGAGGAAUGGUUCGUGUCACACAAUGUUGACUAUGCUUACAUGGCCACCCAAAAGGACAAUGAUGCCUCUCUCGGUCUCUUCGUGGGAACACUUGGCUAUACCGUCUUCAGAAACCCGGCAAUUCUUGUCAAUCCAGUAAACCCCGGUCGGAAUUUGAAAUUGCCUUCUGAUAUCGUAAUAAGGAAGCUAAAGGUGGAAGAAGCUGCAUCAUGGUAUCGGACACACGUUGCACCAACGACAGAUUUUUUCCCGGAUGACAUAGACCAAAUCUUGCGGAACAAGUUAAGCAUGGGGACAUGGGUGGCUUAUUACAACAACAACGACAAAAUCAACAGUUGGGCAAUUCUUAGUGUAUGGAACAGUAGCAAAGUAUUCAAACUUAGGAUCGGGAAAGCUCCUUUGAGCUAUCUGCUUCUUACCAAAGUUUGCAACCUUGUCGGAAGAUUCUUGAUGUUCUUGGGCUUAACGGCAUUACCUGAUCUGUUUAGUACGUUUGGUUUUUAUUUCCUUUACGGUGUUCAUGCGGAAGGUCCGUUAUGUGGGAAUCUCGUUAGGGCUUUGUGUGACCACGUUAAUAACAUGGCUGCCUCAGAUGAAGGUGGCGCGUGUAAGGUCGUGGUGGUAGAAGUCGACGGAGAAAGUAAUGGUGGUGAUCUCAUGAGAUGUGUUCCGCAUUGGAAAAUGCUUUCGUGUGACGAUGACACAUGGUGCAUCAAACCGUUGAAAUGUGAAGAAAAGAUGUCUGACUUGGGUGAAUUUAACGAUAUGUUCUGGAAAUCAAAAUCGGGGACACUCUUUGUGGAUCCAAGAGAUGUGUAGCUAAGCUAGCUAGGGAAACUGGUUGCAUGCAUGUUUGGCUGAUAACUUACCGAAUAUUUUUACCAUGUUCUUUGCAUUUUUACCAAAAAAAAAAAACU